AUGGAGAACACACUUCCUCUCAAUCUUUGUCGUGUCAAAAAAACUAAUCUAAUCAUAAACAGGCUGCAUAUUUUUACUCAUGGCUUUGCUCUUUUGGCCCUGAUUUAUUAUAGAACAAAUUUUCUGUUCCAAAUUACCAAAUUCAGGGACAAAAACACACCAUUUUUGCCCCAUGUUUUAGUGUUUCUCUCUGAGCUUAUACUCUCUUUUCUUUGGCUUUUGAGCCAGGCUUUUCAAUGGAACCCGAUUUCCAGAAAGGUUUUUCCAGAAAGAUUGCCUGGAAAUGAUAAACUUCCAUCCAUUGAUGUGUUUAUUUGCACUGCAAAUCCCAUAAAAGAGCCUAGUGUAGAUGUUAUGAACACUCUUAUAUCAGCAAUGGCCCUGGACUAUCCUGCUGAUAAACUUCAUGUGAAAUACGAGGUGAAGACGAGGUGCCCCGAGGCUUAUUUUUUAGCAGACGAAAGUGAGGAGGGAAAUGAAAAGUUUAGCAGCACUGAAUUCAUUGCUGAGAAAAAGAAAAUUGAGGAAAAGUAUGAAGAGUUCAAGUGCAGAAUACUGAAGAUAGUAGAAAAUACGAGCAGUUUUACUAGCAGAGAUCAUGAUCCUUUAAUUCAGGCGAUUAACGAUGAAAAUUGUGGAGUGGGUCCAGAUGAAACAGAGAUGCCUCUCCUUGUUUACGUUUCUCGUGAAAAAAGGCCUUUUCAUCCGCAUCAUUUUAAAGCUGGAGCGCUCAACGUCCUUCUUCGGGUAUCUGGUUAUAUCAGCAAUUCUCCAUACAUACUAGUGUUGGACUGUGAUAUGUACUGCAACGAUCCGACAUCAGCCCGCCAAGCAAUGUGUUUCUUUCUUGAUUCCAAAAUAUCCCCAAAACUUGGUUUUGUUCAGUUCCCACAGAAAUUUCACAAUAUCAGUGAGAAUGACAUCUACGACAGUCAGUUGAGAUUUGUUUGGCCGAAACUCGAAGGUGUGGAUGGGCUUAGGGGGUCUAUGUUAGCUGGUACCGGUUUUUACAUAAAGAGGGAAGUGCUCUAUCGAACUUCCGACAUUCAAGAGGAUGUUGAUCUUGUCCAGCUACAAAAGUCAUUUGGUCCCUCCAAUGAGUUCAUCAAAUCACUUCAACGAAAUUACAAACCAAAUGCGUUGAAGGAUAAAGAGGUUUCUGGUGUAUUGCUGAAAGAAAUAAAAUUUCUAGCCUCUUGUAGUUACGACAGUAACACUAAAUGGGGCAAAGAGGUGGGAUUCAGAUAUUUUUCUGUGGUGGAAGACUACUUUACUGGCUUAAAUUUACAUUGCAAUGGCUGGAUUUCAGUUUAUUUGGAUCCAGCAAGGCCAUGUUUCUUGGGUUCAGCUACUACAAAUCUCAAUGAGAUUUUUGUUCAAUACACACGAUGGGUAGCCGGAUUGGUGGAAGUUGCUGUCUCGAGGUUUUCUCCUCUUAUAUACGGGCCACUGAGAAUGUCGAUUCUCCAAAGCAUGUGUUAUGCAAAAUUUGCCUAUGAUUCUUUAAUCUUCUUGCCUAUUUAUUGUCUAGCCAUUAUUCCUCAACUCUGUCUGCUUCAUGGCAUUCAUCUCUAUCCCAAGGUAUCGAACCCAUUUUUCAUCGUGUUUUCAUUCCUAUUCCUCUCAUCUCAACUCAAACACAUACAAGAGGUCAUCUCGACUGGACAUUCAAUACGAACAUGGGCUAUAGAACAGAGAAUUUGGAUGCUAAGGUCACUUACCUGUUACAUGUAUGGAACUUUAAAUGGCAUUUUGGAGAUUAUUGGAUUAAGAGAAGCCAGUUUCCUGCCAACAAAUAAGGCAGUAAACGAUGAACAGUCCAAACUUUAUCAAAUGGGAAUCUAUGAUUUUCGAGCAUCAUUUCUGUUAUUAGCUCCAUUGUGCACCUUAUACAUUCUAAAUUUAGUCGUCUUUAUAAUUGGAGUCGCAAAGAUUUUCCAUGUUCAGCAAGCGAGCGAGAUGUUUAUACAACUUUUCAUCCCAUUAUUCGGCAUAUUGAUCAAUUAUCCAUUGUUUGAAGGAAUGUUCUUGAGGAAGGUACUUCCCUCUCAACGUGGUAGACAUACACUUCUUUCUUCUGCCCUUUGUAUUGUUAUUUUGUCGUGUGGAUCCCUUGUUCUGAUUUAUUAA